AUGGAGGAAGAGCAGAAGAGGCCGCAGGGGAAGGAGGGCGGAAGCGCGACGGUGGCGGAGGAUGCGGUGCGCAAGGUGGUGGUCAAGCGGCAGUGCUCGCAGCUCGAGGUGGAGCUCCUGCAGCUGCAGCAUCAGCGCGAGAAGGAAGACAACGUACUCGCCCUGGCACAGGCCAAGAAGAAGAAGCGUGGCGGCGGGGGCAAGAAGCGGGGCGGCGGAGGCGAUGAGGAAAAGGAGAAGCGGGAGCAGGAGGCCCUGCAGCGAGUCCGCGCCGACCUCGACGCCUUCGUUGCCGACACCACCCGCAUGCAACACAUAAUGCAAACGUGA